ACAACGCUUUUUGGUGCGGCUGUUGUUGCGAGUGUUUUCCAACAUUUUACGAGGAUUUUACGUGUUUUUUGGCCAACAAACAUGGAACACAUCCCUUCCGUUCGGCGUCGUUCUAGCCUGUUCUCCGGAAAUCAAGGAUCCGAAUCAUCUUCGUGUUCCAGCGAACGUGCCAGAUAUGAAAAGCAGCUGCGAGCGGAAAUAAAGGAGUGGAACGAUUUGCUGCGUUCAAAGUACCAGCAGCUGCGGCAGAUGCAGUCCAAAGUGUGCAGCGUUGACCAAUCCCUGCUGACGGAGGAGCAAAGGCGUUACCUGGCGGAUGGCCCAUCGGUGGAUAAGUUUAUUAGCGAAACCACGGAGUUCGAUCAAGCGAUCGAAGAGUACAUCGAGCAUAAAACGCAUCUCUUGGACUGGAAAGCAGUCAUCGUGCAAGAAGCGACCGCUUUAGUUCAUGCCAAGCUGCACUCGCUUGUUCUUGAUGAGCUGGGCAGUGCAUCACAGAAGCAGCUUCUUCAAGAUUCUUAAGCGAGCCGCAAUUCUAUUUAAAACCCGUUUUAU